AUGGCGACUUCUUCCAACAACAACAACAACAACAACAAUCUGGCGGUCCUAACGGCGCUGGACAACGCCCGGACCCAAUGGUACCACGUCAAGGCCAUCAUCAUCGCCGGGAUGGGGUUCUUCACCGACGCAUACGACCUCUUCUGCAUCACCGCCGUCUCCAAGCUCCUCGGCCGCCUCUACUACUACGACCCGGCCGCCGGGCAGCCCGGGAAGCUGCCCCAGUUCGUCAACAACACGGUCAGCGGCGUCGCCUUGGUCGGGAUGUUCUGCGGGCAGCUGUUCUUCGGCUGGCUCGGGGACAAGCUCGGCCGGAAGAGGGUCUACGGAUCACCCUUGUCAUCAUGGUGGUUUGCGCCGUUUGCUCUGGGAUCUCGUUCGGUUUUGGUUGGGAAUUUUGGAAUCGGCGGCGACUACCCGCUAUCCGCGACGAUCAUGUGCGAGUACGCCAACAAGAAGACACGCGGCGCGUUCAUCGCGGCGGUCUUCGCCAUGCAAGGCGUGGGGAUCAUCUUCGCCGGACUUGUCUCCAUGAUCAUGGCCAAAAUCUUCCCUCGUCGAAAAUCCCGCCCCGACAUUCACGGAGAACGAGAUCCUAUCCACGCAGCCUCAGGGCGACUUACUGUGGCGGCUCGUCCUCAUGCUCGGCGCCCUGCCGGCGGCGCUGACCUACUACUGGCGGAUGAAGAUGCCGGAGACCGGGAGGUACACCGCCCUCAUCCGCCGGCAAACGCCGAGCAGGCCGCCAAGGACAUGACACGUGUCCUCAACAUGGAGAUCGAGGAGGAACAAGACAAAGUGAUCGAGUUCAAGCAGUCCAACAUGUACCCGAUCCUGUCCAACGAAUUCUACAGCCGCCACGGGCUCCACCUGAACCUGACGCAGAAGGACAUAUUCCCUGCGAUGGGCCUGGUCAACAAGGCCCAAGACGUCAAUGCCUUGGAGGAAGUGUGGGAGACUUCGCGGGCCAUGUUUCUGGUGGCGCUUUUGGGGACGUUCCCCGGGUACUGGUUCACCGUGGCGUUUAUCGAGAAGUUGGGCCGCUACUUCAUCCAAUUGUUGGGCUUUCUCAUGAUGUCGAUCUUCUUGUUGAUAAUGGGGAUCAAUUAUGAGUACUUGAGGGACAACAACAAGGGCCUGUUUGCUCUUACUUAUGGGCUUACGUUCUUCUUUGCGAAACUUUGGGCCCAAUUCGACCUACGUUUGUCUGGCCCGCGGAACUGUUCCCAACUCGGCUGA